UUUCUUAUUGUCUUGUUCACAAAACCUGUGUGACUGCAUUUGGCACUGUAACGCAAAAGCCGUGGAAUCCACAAGGAUUGAAGAGUAUAUUCGAAAUGGGCGCUGAAAAUGAAGAAGCCCCUGAGAGAGAGCUCAACACUUUGCCUCCUUCUAAUGGAUGGAAAAACCGCAUCUUAAUCCCAACCCUUCUUGCAGGGGUUGCUGGUGCUGGAACUGGAUUAUCCAUCGUCACUGGUUGCUAUUGCGGGGCACGAGAAUUUGUGACAGAAACUAGAAAAACAGGACCUGAUGAUUUAUGGAAUUCUGUAGUUGCUGGAUUUGGAACAGGUGCUCUUCUAGGGCGUCUGCAAGGCGGUCAACUUGGGGCGGUUCGAUACUCUGUCAUCUUCGCUGUUGUAGGGACAACAAUAGAUUAUGCUACUCUCAAAGCGAAAGACUUUUUGAGAGAUCAAACUAAAAUAAUACAUCAGGAUCAUGAGAAUUCACAGAAAAAUGGAAACUGGUUUAGAUUGCCAGAAUGGUCCCCGAUACGGAUACUUGAUGAGGAAGCACUUGCUAAAAAACGAGCUCAGGAAGAGGAGUUUCUUGCACAGAGGGCAAGGAUUCGUAGUCUAAGGGAAGAAAAAUCUUGAAAAACUGUACACUAUUUUUUGGUUGUGAUGAUUAUGCAUGCCUUGGAUCUCUAAUGGUCCAACUCCUCACUGUUAAAACUCUAUAUACCCUUCUCCCCUUCUCAACAUUAUUAGUUUCUAAUAAUGUAUUUCAGCUUGUUUCUCAAGUUGAUGAGUGAUGAGCAAUGUCUUCAUCAGAGGUUCAGAACUGUUGAGGAUUAAGUUCUAGUCACCUUUUGGAUUGUGUGAAGAUUUUUCCUCUUCCCUUUCUCGAUAUUACACAUGGGAAAUCCAUAACUUAGUUGAGUGUUUGUGUCUUAUUGCAUUUUUGAGAGGACUUAAUUCAUACAGAACUUUCUCAUUCUCUCAAGUCUCAAUGAAUUGGUCAAUUCAUUUUGUUUUGCUUUUGAUGUUCUGUGAUGCAACCAUGUCCAAAUGGAUUGUCUCAAUUAGAAAGCGAGGCAAUAAGUAGGUAGAACUAGAUGACUAUUUAAAUUGUUUUGUACUAUCAAUCAAUGUAUCAAAGCUUAUAUUAAGAAAUAUCUACGAAUAAUUACUUUUUACCAUUCUUAUAA